AUGACCACGAAGAUUGUGAUCCUGGCUCUGGCCGCCCUCGCCGUCCUCUGCAUCGUGGACGACGCCCAAGCCGCCGUCACACACCGCCACGCCCUUCAUCCCACCCACCGCCACAACCACUCCCCAUACUACCAUCACUACCCUUACCGCCACUACCCAUACCGCCAUUACUACGCCCACCCUCAUCCCCACGCCCUUCACCCCCACCCCUACGCCCUCCACCCUCACCACCACGCCCACGCCACCAGCUACGUCCACGUCAACCACGGGGCGCCGGUCAAGGAGGCAGCCGAGGAGGAGGUGGAGGCGCAGGAGUCUUAG